AUGGCUGCGAAAAGCUGUAUUGCGGGGGUCGCCCGUUUAUUUAACAAGACAGUCUUUUCGGUUCUUGCGAAGGUGUACCGAUUCAGAAUUUAACCUCAACUGGGAACCUCUUGUGGCCAGGAUGGGUAAUUCGAUGGAAGUGUCACAAGGUUCUUUGUGGGAUCGACUACCAGAGGAGUUCUCAGGACUGACACACAUUGUGUCCAUGGGAAAAUAUCCAAGUCAGAAGAAAAAGUGUGCACUCGAGGAGAUUCGAACCAGUAUCCUGCCGCUGAUGCCAUAUGCGAAGGUGUACCGAUU